GUUGGAAUGGCGUGCGCAUUGGACACGUACUGCGGCCAAUCGUACGGCGCCAAACAAUACCACAUGCUGGGGAUCCACAUGCAGAGAGCCAUGCUGGUGCUCCUGCUAGUGAGUAUCCCACUCGCAUGCACUUGGGCCACAGCCGGAGAUAUUCUCCGGCUGUUGGGCCAAGAUCCGGCCAUUGCAGCAGAGGCCGGAGUCUACGCCCGCUACAUGAUCCCUUCAAUCUUCCCAUUCGCACUCCUCCAGUGCCAGUUCAGAUUCCUACAGACUCAGAACAACGUCGUACCAAUGAUGCUCACCUCGGGAUUCACAACUCUCCUCCACAUACCUAUCUGUUGGCUACUCAUAUGGAAAUUCGGGCUCGGGAGCAAAGGGGCCGCCCUCGCCAACGGAAUUUCGUACUGGACUAAUGAUUUGUUCUUGGCCCUUUACAUCACAUUGUCCCCUGCUUGUAGGCAUACUUGGAAAGGCUUCUCUAAAGAAGCCCUACAAAAUAUUUCCAAGUUUUUGUGGCUUGCAAUCCCCUCUGCUAUUAUGGUUUGCUUGGAGAUUUGGUCUUACGAGAUUAUGGUUAUCGUAUCGGGGCUUCUCCCGAAUCCCACUUUGGAAACGUCAGUUCUGUCGAUCAGUCUAAACACAAACAGCAUGAUUUACAUGAUACCCCUUGGACUUGGCAGUGCAAUAAGUGUACGAGUUUCGAACGAGUUGGGAGGGGGGCGGCCAAAGGCGGCUCGUCUGGCGGUAUACAUGGCCACGUUUAUGGUGGCGGUGGAAAGCGUGGUGGCGGUGGCGGUAAUAAUAUUGGGCCGGAAAAUAUGGGGUUACUGCUUCAGUAGUGAAGAAAAUGUGGUCUCAUAUGUUUCUGAAAUGAUGAUAUUAAUUGCUAUUACAAAUUUGGCAGAUGGGGUUCUCUCUGUUCUUAAUGGCAUAGCAAGAGGUUGUGGCUGGCAAAAAAUUGGUGCUAUUGUUAAUUUGGCAUCUUUUUAUAUAAUUGGUAUUCCACUUGCAUUAGUGUUGGCUUUUGUGUUUCAUCUUGGAGGCAAGGGGCUUUGGAUCGGAAUUAUUGCCGCAGUUUUCGCUCAGACGUUUUUCCUUUCGAUCAUAACCCUUCGAACUAACUGGGAGAAUGAGGCAACGAAGGCUUCUGCUAGAAUAUUUGACUCAACAAUCCCAGUUGUGGAAUAGUGACAAAAUAGAUGACGAAAUUGAAAGCAAGGGCUGAGGUCAGCAAAUGAAUUUACGUUGCUGUUUAGCCGAAGAAGACACAGCCAAGAAGAGUUUUAUCAGUCAUGUGAAAUAAGUUUUAUGUUUGUUUAUAAUUUAUUUAUUUAUUUUUCUAUUUGUUUGUGAGGUUUAUGUGUUUAAUAAAUAUGCUGUCCCACCACAAUCUAAUUGUGCGAGUAGGGACGGAUAUUGUAACAAAGUUUUUGGUUUUUGUCGAUUUCGAUUCAAAAAGUUCCGAUUACGAAGUAAUAAGAAAGUUCUGAUUUCCGAAUUGAA